AUGGCUAAAGUCAAGGCUCUUUUGGGGAAUGGCUUAAGUGGCAUCGACUUGGUCCGGGUUUGGCUUGCCUGGCGGAUCAUCCCAUUGAGCUGUCGUCCUGGUUUGAUGUGCACCUACACCGGCGAGAAGAAUGACCCUUUGCGGCACAGCCCUGACGAUUUACAUGAUGACGUCAUUGAUGAUAUGACAAAGUCGCUCUUGAACAAAAGCCUAGCAGACUGUGGCAAGUUGGGCUUAAGCCGUUUCUGCAAAGCCAACCCGGCUCCAGCGGCUAAUGACCAAUUUUGGAAAGCAAAAUAUGAUCAUGAAGCUGCAAAGAAAGCCAGGAAGGCCAAGAGAGCCGCCAGGAAAGCCGUCGCCAAGAAGAAAGGAAGCAAAAGCAGCACUUCAGACUUGCUUCGACUAGAAGAUACCUCUGAGUCAGAGGACACUUCGCCUUCCUCCGGUGACUCGCUCCAGUCCAACAUGCUGGCUUUUAAAACCGCUCCAGGCGGAAAAGCGAAGCCUGGCAAGAAGGUGAAGAAAAAUAAGCCGGCCGAAGAGCCAUCUUUCAAAGAGCCGGAACUCCAGACGACCGCUUCUGAGGCCUCUGUUCCUGAGCCGCCGCUUGAACCGGCACAUGACACACCAAUGUCAACUACUGACCCGCCUGCCGAUCAAACCGCCGAUGGCUCUGAAAACCUUGAAGUCUCUAGGCCGACCAAGACAGACGACCCACAAGAUACUGAUGUUGUAAUCACCAAAACUGGUUACACUGAGCCGGGGAGACCUAUUGUGCUAGCCAAGUGUUCUGCCAAAGAAGAGCACCUGGAACGCCGUAAGGUCAGAUUUGACAUUGCUGAUUAUACUCACAUGAGCAUUGGGGAAGUUUUUUCUGGAUAUCUUAACCAAGUGCAUAGCAACCGUGACCUCGAAGUUGAUAUGGUGAAGCAAAUGCACCAGAAAUUUGAGGUCGUGGCUGAACAAGAGAAAUUGAAAUCCGAGUUUGAAGCUGAGAAGAAGGCCUGGAAUGAAGAAAAAAUUGCCUUAACCCAACAAGCCGAAACAGCAGAAAAGGCUCUUGAAGAGGUGACCGCUGAAUUAUGUGGCUUAAAACACCAUGUAUCUCAGAUGGUCUCAGCAAUCUUUGGCCCCAGGAGCUCCAACCUUAACCAAGACAUGCUGGUGAAGCGAAAGGCGGUUUACACGCUCGUGGAACAACUUUACACUGGAUCUCAGCGUGCCUUGGCCGCAGUGGCCCUGUCAAACGAACGGUUCAAUGAAUUAAGGCGAUCAUCUGCAAGAGCUGGAGCCGUGGCUGCUUUAAGCCGGGCCAAGGCAUGGUUACCGAAGUUAGACCCGGCCGACAUCGCCAUUGGAUAUCCAAGCCUUAAGGAGGAUGGCACAUCGUUUGAAUAG